AUGUUUGUUCCCUUGCCAGUGCCGUUCGUGUUUCAGAGAACUGCCCCUGACCUCAACGCCUGGCGUCUCAAGUCCCCUCUGGCUCUCCGCUCCAGCUCCGAUAUCAGGAUGUCAAAGCCAGUAGAGGUUGAGAAAUUAGGGGCUGACUCACCAUUGGACAGCACAGAUUCAGAGCGGAAUGGACCUGAAUCAAAUCACCAGGCUCAGUCAAUGAAAGUCAAUCCCUUUCCCCUUUCACCAACCCUGAGCAAGACUAAGAUGGAGGAGUGUGGUGAGAUGUCCCCGGCCCUUCCUCACUCUCACGGCCCGACCCCUUCACAGACAGCCCUGCAACAUACACAGCUCAUGCUGACCGGCUCCCAACUAGCAGGGCUGACCGCUCUGUUGCCAGCACAGCAGCAGUUGUUGUUGCAGCAGGCUCAGGCACAGCUCCUGGCUGCAGCUGUGCAGCAAUCCAGUGCAGCCCACGCCGCUCACGCUGCCCACGCAGCCGCCCAAGCCAAUCAGCAAGCUCAGGCAAGCACACAGGAACAGACUGCCCAAAGUGUCCCUAUCCCACCUCCUCCACCCCAGCUCACCCUCUCCCAGCCAAUCCAGCUCACCGCCCAGGACAUCCAGCAACUGCUGCAGCUUCAACAGUUGGUGUUGGUGCCCGGCCACUCGCUCCCGUCUCCUGCUCAGUUCCUCCUUCCACAGGCACAGCAGGGCCAGCAAGGUAGGCAGGCCUGUUACAGGAAUAGACUCCUAUCGACACCAAAUCUUAUUCCGCUACCUCAGCAAAACCAAGGGAGCCUGCUGUCUGCUCCAACUAGAAUGGGGCUCCAAGCACAGGUUUUCAAUCCUCCACUGUUGUACCUGUUACAGCGAGAUAAAAGUGUGGAGGUGAGCGUGGGUGGAGGUGUGACUACAGUGCCGUCUGUGACCUCUCACCCUGAAGAACCCAGUGACCUGGAAGAGCUAGAGCAGUUUGCCCGCACUUUCAAACAGAGACGCAUCAAACUGGGCUUCACACAGGGAGAUGUCGGUUUGGCCAUGGGGAAACUGUACGGCAAUGAUUUCAGCCAAACCACCAUCUCCCGCUUUGAGGCCCUUAACCUGAGCUUUAAGAAUAUGUGCAAGCUGAAGCCACUGCUGGAGAAGUGGCUCAAUGAUGCAGAGACCAUGUCUAUAGACAGUACCCUGCCCAGCCCCAGCUCGCUGUCCUCUCCCUCUAUGGGCUUUGACGGGAUUCCUGGUCGCCGCAGAAAGAAGAGAACCAGCAUUGAGACGAAUGUACGCGUGGCCCUGGAGCGCGCUUUCUUGACGAACCAGAAGCCUACCUCAGAAGAGAUCCUGCUGAUCGCCGAGCAGCUCAACAUGGAGAAAGAGGUGAUCCGGGUCUGGUUCUGCAACCGCCGGCAGAAAGAGAAACGCAUCAAUCCAACCAGUGCCACCCCUCCCCUACCCAGCCAGCCCCAGACUGCCCCACCAACGCACAAACCACCCUGCUACAGUCCUCACAUGAUGUCCAGCCAGCUGUCGCAGGCCGUGACCAGUCUCAGCACAACAGUGACCACCAUGUCCCCCGUCUGCCCCCUGACCUCCAGCCUCACCUCCACCCACCCUUCCCUCAGCUCUGCACCCUCCCCAGUGACUCCUCCUCCCCGCAGCACGGCCAGCCCAGCCACUCCCAGCCACAGCACACUCAACCUUAACACAGGGAACACUGUGAUGGGGGUAAACACAGGGAUGAACCAAGCCCUCCUCGGUAACAAUCCCCUGGCCACUAUCCAAGCCCUAGCAGCCAGUGGUGGCCAGCUGCCUCUUUCCAGUCUUGAGGGGGGCAGUAAGGUGAUGCUGGGGGCCUCUGGAGGCCAGGGGGGGCUCGCCUCCUCCCUCUUCCUCAACCACCCCGCCUUCCUCCACAUGGGCCAGAAACCCAGCGCUGGAUUGGUCAGCGCUGCCAUAGCCAAAGCCUCCCAGGCCUCCCCCUUCCCCUCUGCCAGCAGCAUCAGCCCCACCCCCUGCACCCCCUCCCCUUGCUCAAGCCCCGCCUCUUCCUGCUCCUCCAGCGAAAUGGCACACAGCCCAACCUCUCUGGGCGGGGCCAAGAUCGAGUGACCGCGCCAAGGGCCAAUCAGAGAGGAGGAGGAAGGAGGAAACGAGAACCUCGCCUUUCACACCAAAGCUAUCUCUUUCUCUCUCUUGCGCUCUUCUUCCGUUAUUUUUUCGCAAUGGCUCUCUCCCUCUUUCUCUCCCAGUCUUUCAA